AUGUCGUCAAGCGGCGAUAUCCAGAUCCCAAACCGCCUCCCGCUGCUGCUGACCCACGAAGGAGUCCUCCUCCCGGGCUCCACCGUCCGCUUCAGCGUGGACUCCCCACGGAACAUGCACCUGGUCCGGCAGCGUCUGCUGAAGGGCACCUCGCUGAAAAGCACCAUCAUCGGAGUGAUCCCCAACACCAAGGACCCCGAGCAGGACUCCGGCGACCUCCCAACUCUGCACAAAAUCGGGACGGCGGGGAUCGCGGUGCAGGUGGUGGGCAGCAACUGGCCCAAACCUCACUACACCCUCCUCAUCACCGGCCUGUGCCGCUUCCGCGUGUCAAGUCUGCUGAAGGAGCGGCCCUUCGUCCUGGCUGAGGUGGAGCAGCUGGAUAAACUGGAGCAGUACACGACUCCGGCAGCUCCGGGUCCGCCGGCAGACGAUGGAGAGCUGGGCGAGUUGUCCCACAAGUUCUACCAGGCUGCAGUGCAGUUGUUAGGUAUGUUGGACAUGUCCGUUCCAGUUGUGGCCAAGUUCAGGCGCCUGUUGGACAGCCUGCCCAGGGAAGCGCUGCCUGAUGUGGUCGCCUCCAUGAUCCGCACCUCCAACAAGGAGAAGCUGCAGGUUCUGGAUGCGGUGAGUUUAGAGGAGCGCUUUAGGAAGGCCCUGCCGCUGUUAACCAAGCAGAUCGAGGGGCUGAAGCUGCUGCAGAAAACCAGGAAGCUGAGCCCUGACAAUGAGAAGAAGGUGUUGUCAGUGCGUAAAGGCGGAGUGUUCCCGGGCCGGCAGUUCAACCUGGACGAGGAGGACGAGGACGACAACGGAGACGACACCGCAGCUCUGGAGAGGAAGGUUCAUGAAGCCAACAUGCCUGAAGCUGCUUACAAAGUUUGCCUGAAAGAGCUGAAGAGACUGAAGAAGAUGCCUCAGUCCAUGUAUCAGACCAUGCCGGAGUACGCACUGACACGGAACUACCUGGACCUGAUGGUGGAGCUGCCAUGGAGCAAAAGCACAAAAGACUGUCUGGACAUUCGAGCUGCUCGCACCCUGCUGGACAACGACCACUAUGCCAUGGACAAGCUGAAGAGACGUGUCCUGGAGUACAUCGCCGUCAAACAGCUGAAAACUUCUCUCAAGGGCCCCAUCCUCUGCUUCGUUGGGCCUCCUGGAGUCGGGAAGACGAGCGUGGGACGCUCCCUUGCUAGGACCCUGGGCAGAGAGUUUCAUCGCAUCGCUCUGGGCGGCGUCUGCGACCAGUCCGACAUCCGAGGACACAGGCGCACAUAUGUAGGAAGCAUGCCUGGUCGCAUUAUCAACGGCUUGAAGACCGUGGGAGUCAAUAAUCCAGUCUUCCUCUUGGAUGAAGUGGACAAACUGGGGAAGAGCCUGCAAGGAGACCCUGCAGCCGCUCUGCUGGAGGUCCUGGACCCGGAGCAGAACCACAGCUUCACGGAUCAUUACCUCAACGUGGCAUUUGACCUCUCACAAGUGCUCUUUAUUGCCACUGCGAACACCACGGCGACCAUCCCCCCGGCUCUGCUGGACCGCAUGGAGGUGCUCCAGGUGCCAGGCUACACACAGGAGGAGAAAGUGGAGAUCGCUCACCGUCACCUGAUCCCAAAUCAGCUGGAGCAGCACGGGCUGACUCCUCAGCAGCUGCACAUUCCUCAGGACACCACACAGGAGAUCAUCGGCAGCUACACCCGGGAAGCAGGCGUGCGCUCUCUGGAGAGGAAGAUCGGCGCGAUCUGCCGAGCCGUGGCAGUGAAGGUCGCCGAGGCCCAUAAAGUCACCAAGACGGAGACGCCCGAGAGCAGCAUGCUGCAGGAGGACAACGCAGACCUGCCAGAAAUGCCGAUAGUGAUCGACCACAAUACCCUGAGAGACAUUCUGGGACCUGCUGUGUUUCAGAUGGAGGUCUCGGAGCGGCUCACCCUGCCCGGCGUGGCUCUGGGCCUGGCCUGGACGCCGCUCGGCGGGGAGAUCAUGUUCGUGGAGGCCAGCCGGAUGGAGGGAGAGGGUCAGCUCACUCUGACGGGGCAGCUGGGAGACGUCAUGAAGGAAUCUGCACAUUUGGCCAUCAGCUGGCUGAGAGGGAACGCCAAGAACUACCAGCUCACCAACAUGGCCGGGGCUCCAAAUCCUUUAGAGGGGACGGACAUCCACCUCCACUUCCCCGCCGGAGCCGUCACCAAGGACGGCCCCUCUGCCGGCGUCACCAUAGUAACCUGCCUGGCUUCCCUGUUCAGCGGCCGACUGGUCCGAUCAGACGUGGCCAUGACCGGAGAGAUCACCUUAAGAGGGCUGGUGCUGCCUGUGGGCGGGAUCAAGGACAAGGUCCUGGCGGCGCACCGGGCCGGAGUGAAGCGCGUCAUCCUCCCCAAACGGAACGAGAAGGACCUGGAGGAGCUCCCGGCCAACGUCCGAGCGGACCUGGACUUCGUGACGGCCGCCAGCCUGGAGGAGGUGCUGAACGCCUCCUUCGACGGGGGCUUCCCGCUGAUUCGCCCUCAGCUGAGCAGCAGACUGUAGCGAACUGGAAACGCAGGCGGAGCGGGAUGCAGGAGAGGAGGGCGAUGCCCAGAGGAUGCUGAAGAGCCGUGAUGUUGAUCUUUAACUGCGUCCAGGAGAUUAUUUUCAUAAUGAAAAGAUGAUUUUUAGGCUCGUGAAGCUGCGGUUGAAAACACACUACAGAUAUUUUUAUCGUUCUUCAUGCGCGUUUCCACCUGACUGCAGAACAUCUGAAUGAAAAUCCAGCCGCAGCCGAAUGCAGAACUACAUUAUCUCAGUAGCCCGAGAAGCCGAUGUGAAUUUAUUAUCACUCACAAUAAAUAAUGCUCUUGAAAGCAAGCCGUACAGAAAGUAGAGUCUGCGGAAGAGAAUUUGAUUUGCGACACGUUGGCAGCAGAUGUGGAGUCGUCGAUGCGGUGAGACGGUGUUGAGCAGCAGCAGCACGCAUCGACCCGGUCAGUCUGGAAGAGCUGCAGAUCAAAGCGUGUGUACGCCAGCGCGUGCGUGUGCGCGCGCCAGCGCGUGUGCGCACGUGAGAGACGGGCUUCAGUCACGCCUCAGAAUUUCAGCUAACUGUUGAAUGUUUUCUGUAACUUGCAGAUUUUUGGCUCGUUGAGUGUCUCUGCACUUUUAAUAUUAAUUUCUUUGGUCUGAUUUUGUCAGGAAACAAAAGAAAUAAACUAAUUAGAAGAAUUAAUCAAAACAUGUUUGGAUUAUUUUCUUAUAUUAACCCUGCUUGUUGACAUUAAAUCUUCAACUAGUGGAAAGCCCGUGUAUUUCUUCUUUAAAUGGUGAUAUUUGCAAGAAUGUGCAUUUGUGGGAUGAGCAAAGGAGAUGAAAUGCUCUUACUUUGAGGAUACCGGAUGAUUGAAAUAUGGAUUUAAAAAAAAUUGCUUCUAUUAUAUUAGCAAUGUGUGAAUUUCCCAAACAGAACGUGGAAGUCCUCACACUUAGAGUACAACUUCUGAAAUGUAUUCAUUUGCAAAUUCCAAAGUGUUUUUUAUCUGUGUUGAUUUGGAAAGACUUGGGAUUCGGCCUUUUUUACUCCAACUUGAUAUAAACCGGGAAGAAGAGAAGAUGUAGAAAAAGAAUUAGAAUAAAAGCAUGCAGCAAGCCGUCAUCAGAACCUCUCAGGCCUGCAGGAUCACGGGUCUUUUACUGUUUUCACAUGUUGCACGUGUCCGUGGUGGUUACAGCCAGAGACGCUUCGCCGCUGUCCGCCCUCUUGGCGGCAGCCUGUGAUUGGGUUGCUCUGCGUUCACCUUCAUGAUCUCCCCUUCAAAUAUGUAGGAAUCCAGCGGUGAUUUCAUCUCGCUGGACUCUCUCGUGUCCCGUUUCAUAUGAGCUGCAGAAACCUGACAUGUGAGUCAAAGGUUCGUGAAGUGGCUGCUUUUCACUGUUUUAAACACGCAGGAUGAAACUGCUUCAGUGUGCAGCCGAACAGCAGGAAAUAUUUAAAUAAUAAUAGUAAAAAAAAAAAAAGCAUCUGAGGCACAGAUGUGCUUCUCUUCCCUCUUCACCACCUAUAGGGAUUCAAUAUGAAACACUGUGUUCAGUGAUUUUUUUUCUUCUUCUUGUUUAGACAGAAAGAAUAAAGCAGUAAGGAGCCUGGAAGAUAAACUGUCAGGGUGAAUUUAUUUAAACAUACAAGCUGAAAGCGGUUUCCACCUGGAAGCAUCGGUACAACGUGAAAGUUCAAUUUCCAGAAUCUGUCUUAUUAGUGUUCAUGUCUGUAUCUCUGUGUGUAGCUGUGUUUGUUAUUUAUGUUGGUUUGAGUGAAGAAUGUUUUUAAUUCUUUUGGAUAGAAUUAUGAUCUGUUAUUGAUAAAUAAAUCAUUUGAAUUGUUAUAAGAUUUGAGAAAGCAAAAGAAAAAAAAUCUUUGUGGCCCCUUAACUAAAAUAAGCCUUUAAAUGAGGGUAUAUAAGCAUCGAAAACAUUGUAAACAUGAAGGAAAGUUGAACUUUUCACUCAUUUCUGUCUUUUAUUACAGCACCUGU